AUGCCCGAAACCGACCUCGACAGCAUCGGCCACCACUGCGACCUAGCCUACUGCCACCAACUCGACUUCCUGCCGUUCCGCUGCGCCUCCUGCAGGGGGGUAUACUGUCUCGACCACCGCACCGAAUCCGCCCACCAGUGUGCGCGGGCGGGCGACUCACCCUCACCCUCACCCUCAACCUCAACCUCAACCGCAGCCUCAUCCACCUCCCCCGCGCCCCAAACCAAACCAACCAUCCACACAACAGACCAAUGCAGCCACCUCACCUGCAAAACCCUCAUCCACACGCUCACCGAGCCGGGCGUCCGGUGUCCCGAGUGCAGACGGGAGUACUGUCUCAAGCACCGGUUGAAGGAGGGGCAUGCUUGCACCCCUCCCCCUCCCCCCUCCCGGGGGGGGAAAGCAGGCGCAGACACCCUAAAAUCGAUGUUCGCGCGGGUGCGCGGGACGUUCGCUUCCUCGCUUCCAUCGACCUCCGGGGGUAGCAGCGCAGCAGCGGGGAAGGGCACAGGGAAUCCAGGGGAUAAGGGGGCUGCUGCCGCCACCACCGGCAAGAAAAAACCCGGCAACCGCGCGAUGGCGGUGCACGCGCUCAAGCGGACCGCGAAGGGGGAUGCCAAUGUGCCUGCGGAGCGGCGGGUGUACCUCUCUGUUGAGGCGGCGGCUUCUCCUGUGAAGGGGUCUGCUGCGACGGCAGCGGCAGGGGCAGCGACAGGGGCGUUCUGGUUCGAUGGGAGGUGGAAGGUCGGGCGGGUGCUGGACGACGCGGCGCGAAGGCUCGGGGUGGAGAAUGUCAAUAACCGGGUCGCCGGGGAGGAGGAGCGCUUGCGCGUGUUCCAUGUGGAGGGCGGGGUGUUUCUGGAGUUUGGGGAUACGCUGACCGAGAAGGUGGUCGCCGGGGAUACGUUGGUGUUGUUGCGGGGGGCGGGGGUUAUCCUUUGA